UGAGUUUUAGCUCAUGCUUCUGCUUCGAUUUUUGUGACUCUGGAUUCUGUUGUUUUUCGCAGCUAUGGGUUCUCUGUUGAUUGUUAGGUAGCCAAGAGAUGUCGGCUUAUGACAAUGUUAUUGGUGGGAAGCUAAAGCUAAAAGGGAAGGCUUUAGAUGUGAAGGCAGGUGGAGUAAAGAAGAAGAAGAAACAGAAGAAACAAGAAGAACUAGCUCUUAAAGUUACUGAACACGAACUCAUAGAAGGAGAAAACGCAGAAGCAUUGGGUAAAUUGUCUGAAGGAGAAGAAGAAGCGGGUAGGAGUGAAAAAGCGAGCGAGGAUGCGAAAGUGCAGCACGAUGAUGAUCAUUUAACGCCUGCAGAAAGACGGUACAUAGAGCAGAAACAGAGACUGGAUGUGCAGAAACUAGCCAAGGAAGCAAACAAGUCUCAUCGUAACAGGAUUGAGGAUUUCAAUCAGUAUCUGGCUAACAUGAGUGAGCACUACGAUAUCCCUAAAGUCGGACCUGGUUAAUAUUAUUCGUCGCUGGCUUUGUUUGAUGAUACUCUGCUUAUCAAUUUAGCUUUGUUAAAUAACACUGUUUUUGGAUUCCUGUUAUCUUCCUAUAACUUUUCAAUUGUGUGAUCUCCACUCUCUAAUGCCAAAGACACAUUUUCUAGGCUUA